CGCGGGCUCGUUGUGUGUGCUCUGCUCUCUCUGCUCUGCGCAGCGCCUGCGAGCGGGAGGGAGUCGGCGGUUCCAGCGUGUGCGGCUUCGUUUCAUCGUUGCUGUUGAACUCGGCUGUGGAAAAAAAAAGGUUUAAUGAAAGAGAAAGACGAAAAGAAGCGCACGGCAACGUUACGACUGUUUUUAUUUUCAUCCCAUUCUGAAUGACGGGCGGACGGUUCGACUUCGACGAUGGAGGCACUUUCUGUGGCGGAUGGGAGGACGGGAAAGCCCACGGACACGGCAUCUGCACGGGACCCAAGGGUCAAGGCGAGUACGCCGGGUCCUGGUCCCACGGUUUUGAGAUAGUCGGGGUCUACACCUGGCCCAGCGGGAAUACGUACCAGGGCUACUGGUCGCAAGGCAAACGCCACGGGCUUGGUGUUGAGACCAAGGGGAAAUGGCUUUAUCGUGGGGAGUGGAGUCACGGGUUCAAGGGUCGCUAUGGAGUUCGGCAGAGCACCAAUACACCUGCUAGAUACGAUGGGACGUGGAGUAAUGGACUACAGGAUGGCUAUGGAGUCGAAACCUAUGGGGAUGGUGGCACUUAUCAAGGCCAGUGGAUGGGGGGCAUGAGGCAUGGCUACGGUGUGCGACAGAGCGUGCCUUAUGGAAUGGCCACCAUCAUACGCUCUCCGCUUCGCACCUCUCUGGCCUCCCUAAGGAGUGUGCAAAGCAAUGGCGCCAUCCUGCAGGAUACAGUACCCGACACACCAGUUGGAAGCCGUGGUGGUUUCGUGCUGAAUUUUCACAGCGACACCGAAGUCGUCACCGGGAAGAAGAAGGGCCUGUUCCGCCGCGGGUCCCUCUUUGGCAGCCUCCGCCAGCUACGGAAAUCUGACUCCAAAACGUCCAUCUCUAGCAAGCGGAGCUCGGCGCGUAGUGACGCCACCAUGAGCCGCAUCAGCUCCAGCGACGCCAACUCCACCAUUAGUUAUGGAGACGGAGAAGUGCCCGAUGAGUUCACGCCCAUGGAGGACCACGUGGAUGCCACCACCACCGAGUCCUACAUGGGCGAGUGGAAGAAUGACAAGCGCAAUGGAUUUGGAGUCAGCGAGCGAUCCAAUGGGCUAAAGUACGAAGGGGAAUGGAUGAACAACAAGAGGCAUGGAUAUGGAUGCACAAUAUUCCCAGAUGGAACCAAAGAAGAGGGGAAGUAUAAAAAUAAUGUGUUGGUGCGUGGAAUAAGGAAGCAGCUUAUUCCUCUUAAAAACCAUAAAACUAAAGAGAAAGUGGACAGGGCCGUGGAGGGGGCUCGAAGGGCGGCAGCUAUCGCCAGGACGAAAGUGGAAAUAGCAGUUUCAAGGACGUCCCACGCAAGGACUAAGAGUGAAGCAGCAGACCAGGCCGCACUUGCAGGAUGUCAAGAAUCCGACUUGGCCAGAGCUGUGGCUUAUGAAUUAUCUCCAAGCUUCCAUCAACCAGGACUUGACUACAUCAAACAAAAGUUCAAUGAGCCGGUGGAGGAGAUUAAGGAGGAAGCACCUAAAGAGGAGGAGGAGAAGGAGAAGUCUUCUACCAGCCCUUUCUAUCGCCACGGCACGACUCCAAGCCACUCUCCUGUCCAGAGCCCAAACCCGUCACCUCCUCCCUCUCCUCAGAAGAGCCAAGCACCCAACCCCAGUGCCAGCCGCAAGAUAAGCAAAGACAACAGCAGCGUAGCCCGAAAGAUAAGCAAGGACGGUAGUAGUGUAGCUCGCAAGAUAAGCAAAGAAGAGAGAGCCUCCAUUGUGGCAGAGAUCACCAAAGUAUCCGCCCCUCCUCUUGUACCGGCCAUCAAGUUACAGGAAGUGCCCCCACCAAAACCCCCCAAGACCCUUAUGCCCCCGCCCAAACCUGCGAGCACAGGUAAUGGGCAGCUACAUGCUGCUUAUCACAGUUACUAUGUGAAGCCAGUGUCGAAGAUGCCUCCACCAGAAGAACCAGAAGAUGAAGAGCCUGAGAUGACACAGUCUAGCUUGGCCAGGAUGCCUCCGCCACCCAAACUGGUCAGGACACCCACUCCCAAACCAGAGCCCAAAAUCAGGAAACAAGAGUCCAUUAAACCAAAGAGCUUAGCUGAUACCAAGAAAGCCAGCAUAGAUAUGGCAGAUGAAACACUAGUGGAAGAAUCUGGUCCUAACUCAGUUUUGGUUGCAAUGGUUAUGCUUUUGAACAUUGGAUUGGCAAUCAUUUUUGUCCAUUUCCUGACAUGAAACACUACCAUUUAAGUGUUGGAUGGCAACCCACACAGUUGUGUCAAUGACCUUUCUGAAAUCCAAACGGCACCGGGCAGUCUCCAGAGAGCAGAGAGAGCUGAAGAAUCAACACACGGGAGUUUGAAAUCCAGAGCAUCAUCCUUGAAAAUGACAUGGUCUAAUGUCAUGCGGCUCUGGGAAACGAGGCGAAAAUAUUUCGGGGGGAAAAAUUACCAUUAAAAUGGAAACAGAAGAAGAGAAUGCAGUGUGACGUGACAAAUCUGCUGAUAGAAAGCCUUAAUAUCAGCCACUUCAUGGGUCUCUGGCUUCUGGCAGAGACUUAACUGGAAAUGUUUGAUGAUGCACUUUUACAUGAUGGGCAAGAGCAGCUGCCUUACUCAUUUACCAUCUGACGUGUAACUGGGAGAUGUGCUCCGAGUGCCAGAGGAAUGCGUUCAGGGGACUUUGCUGCAGCGGGCGUCCCUCCCAGUGAGAGGAAACCGAACGCGUACGGCGGUGUCACUCGUCCCGUCUUACACCCUUUACUGACCCACUGCAGUUUCUUCUAGCGUCUCCUUCGUUCUUCUCGGAAGCUCCCUACUGUACUCGUCACGUUUCAUGUAUCUUUCUUUCUUUCCUUUCUGUUUGUUCACCUCAAUCAACACCGUGUUUGAAUUAUACGAAGCAAAAAAAUCACUACCAGUUUUUUUGUGUGUGAGUAUUGGUACUAUUUAAAAAAAAUGGGAAAAUAUUAUAUUAUUUAUUAAAAAUGUGCAAUAUGAUUUAUUUUUACACUUACAGAGUUUAAUCUUUCACCAAUGAGGGACAUUGUAGUUCUGUCCCAUUUGAGACGGAAAAACAAUAAAUGAAAAGUUUCAAGUUUUGAUGCAUUCUAAACAUGGCAAAACCAAUCAAAAAGUCUUAUAAAGUGUGUUAUUUAUUGAAUUUUGGGAAUCGACUGUUUGUCAUGUUAUGUAAAUGAAGCCUAUGCCAUUGUGCAUGCGAUGUUGUGGAAGAGUUGUCGUGCUUCAGAUGUCAGGUAUGACGUGUGACAGCAGGUGAGAUGUUUCGGAAAUAAAGUCGUUGAGGGCUUGCUUGCAUGCUUGUGACCUUGGAUGCUUUGGAAAUCAAAAGUCAGGUAGUACCACAGUCGGGUGGCGCUAGAGGAAGUAGGACAUUGCCUUUAAGAGUCUUUAACAGUACUUCAGUUUACCUCAAACGAAAUAAAGGAAAAAGCCUCGUACGAGAUGAAGUCUUUGUCUUAAAUCUGUAGUAUGCAAAUUUUGACCGACGCAGUCAUUGGGAAUCUAUUUUAAAUGUGCCACUAUAUUGUAAAAUGAUUUUCUUUUGGUACGUCUGGAAAUUGAACUUCUGUUUGUUAUUCUUCUUAUCAUAUUUAUGUGCAUUUUUCCUCUUUGGAAGGUUUAUUAAUGAUUUAUUUAUUAUUAUAUAUAUAAUUCUAGAUAUCGUGUGAUAAAUUCUAGAUAAGUGUUUGGUGAGUGUACAAGGGCUUUCUCUUCUUCAAACCCUCAUUUGCUUUUAGUUUUCGUUUGCAUGGAGACUUUAAAUGGACUAACACCUGUAUAUCUGAUUCAAAACAAUCUGAGGUAAAUGUUUAAGGCAUCAAAAUUUACUCUUAAGGACGUGUUUUAUUUGGUUGGAUUUCAAUUCUGUGCAACAAUGCGGUGCAAUGUGUACGGGCUCUUUUUACAUGUUUUCUGAAGGAGAGUUUGGAGCUCUUAUAACAGGACAAUGAAUUAAUUAUUUUUCUAAAAACAGAUGUUGCACAAACAAAAGACAUUUAUAUACUAUAUCUAUUUAUAAGAAUUUUUACAGAGCACAGCCAUUACAAUACGAGUUCUACGAUAUUUUUCUACAGAAAUGCACAACUGUAUUUUGUCAAAAGCAGUUUAGCUCCUUUAUAUUCAGCAUUGUAUCUCACACAUCAGAAUUAAAACUCUAAAACUAUAUAUGAUUCAAUGUGUCUUGAAAUGCUGAGGAUGCAGGAAUCCUUGUUUGAACCCUUCAAUGCAAAAAAAAAAAAAAAAAAAAAAUCUCUGUUACAUUUCGAGCCCAUAGAGCCCCACGUAUUUCUGUAAUUUGAAAAGUUAUGGUAUUUAUCUGUAUAAUAAAAUGUUAUGCCUUGUAA